CUUACUUUUUUCCUAUUCUAUUGUAUUUAUCACAUUCAUAGACGGAUUUUUUAUUGUAUUUUAUUUUUAUCGUCCUUUUAUCAUUAUCAGCCCGUCCAUAUAAAAACCGUCAUCACCAUCGUCAUCUUUCCCUUUCUCUCCCUUUCUUUCCUCCGUUUCGCUCUUCUCUAUCCUUAUUCUUUUUCUCUUCCUCCUCUUUUCCUUCCUUUCUGCUCCUAUUCUCUUUGCCUUCUGUCCAUCCCUUCCUAUCCUCUGUUGACUUAUUCAACCAAUCCCCUUUAUCUGUAUAUAUAUCCUCCAAUAGUAAACCAUGGCUAACCAGGCUCGUGUCGCUUCUCUCCAGGACAACAUUAACCGUCCUACCCGUGUCCUCUCUUACCCAAAGAAGGCUGACGGAAAACCUGUCUAUACCUCCGAGUUCUUUGCUGAAAACGUCUUCACGCUCCAGCAGAUCGCAAAGGCCCUACCCAAGCCCGCUUAUGCUUCCUUCCUUAAACAGAUGCGUGGUCGUCAGGCCCUUGACAAGGGUACUGCCGAUGCCAUUGCUCACGCUGUUCGCAUCUGGGCCAUGGAUCGUGGCGCUACCCACUUCACUCACUGGUUCCAGCCUCAAACAGGCACAACUGCCGAGAAACAUGAUGCUUUCCUCUCAUUAAAGUCCAGCUUCUCUCCUAAUGGUGAAGAGGUCACUGCCAUCGAUGCUUUCUCUGGUUCGCAAUUGCUCCAGGCCGAGCCUGAUGCGUCAUCUUUCCCCUCAGGAGGUAUGCGCACUACCUUUGAGGCCCGUGGAUACACUGUCUGGGACACCACCUCACCCAUGUUCAUUCAGGAAGGACCUCAUGGGACCUCUGUCCUUUACAUCCCCUCUGUCUUCAUUUCCUACAAUGGUGAUGCUCUCGACGAGAAAACCGUUCUCCUCCGCUCAACCUCAGCCAUUUCGAAAUCGUGCAGUGAGCUUCUCAAUCUCCUCGACCCUGUCCCUGUUGGCGCUCAGCCCAAGGUCAGCCAUGUCUUCACCACCCUUGGAACUGAGCAGGAGUACUUCUUGAUCGACCGUUCACUCUAUGCGCUCCGUCCUGACUUGAAGCACACUGGCCGUACCUUGAUUGGUAACUUGCCUCCUAAGCAUCAGCAGAUGGACGACCAUUACUUUGGACGUGUUCCCUCCAAGGUUAUGGCUACCAUGUCUGAGGCUGAACUCGAGCUCUUCCGUCUUGGUGUCCCUAUCAAGACCCGUCACAACGAGGUCGCUCCUCAGCAGUUCGAAUGCGCCCCUAUUUUUGAGGAGGCUUCCCUAGCAGUUGAUCACAACUUGUUAACAAUGGAUGUCCUCGCCAAGGUUGCCCACAAGAACAAGCUCAAGGUUCUCUUCCACGAGAAGCCCUUCAAGGGUGUCAACGGAUCUGGAAAGCACUGCAACUGGUCUAUGUCGACUGAUCGCGGUGAGAACUUGCUCGAUCCCACUGUUAAGCCAGAGACCAACUACCGCUUCUUGCUCGUCCUCGUUGCUGUCCUCCACGCUGUCCAGCAGCACGGAGGACUUCUCCGUACUUCUAUCGCUUCGGCUUCCAAUGAACAUCGUCUCGGUGCGUGCGAGGCUCCUCCCAUGAUUGUCUCAGUUUUCCUCGGUGAACAUUUGACUGAAGUCCUCAAUUCUAUUGAAGAGUCCCGUCCCAUCAAGAACUUUUCUGUCCCUGAGAUCCAGACUAUCAAGUUGGGAGGAACUGCUUUGGAUGUCAAGGUCGCCUCGUUGCCAAGCAUCUCUCGUGACUUGACUGACCGUAACCGCACAUCACCCUUUGCCUUCACCGGCAACAAGUUCGAGUUCCGCGCAGUCGGUUCUAAGCAAUCGCCCGCCUUCCCCGUCACCAUCCUUAAUGCUGCUGUUGCCUCAGCCCUUCAGGAUGUGACCGCUGCUCUUCGUGAGCAAAUGGGUGACAAGCCUUAUCCUUCAGAUGCCGACAAGGUCGCUGUCAUUAAGAAGUUUAUUGCCUCCACGAAGGCUGUUCGCUUUGAGGGCGAUGGUUACUCUGAGGCCUGGAUCCACGAAGCCGAGAAGCGCGGUCUCCCAAACAUUAAGACCAGCCCUGAGGCAUUCAAGCAGCUCCUGAACCCUGCCCACUCCGACAUGUUGACCAAGCUUGGAAUCUUUACCAAGACGGAACUCCAGUCCCGCCACUUGAUUCUUCAGGAGCGCUACGCUAAGGAUAUCAUUGUCGAGGCCACUACCCUUCGAAGCCUACUUGCUUCACAAAUCUUGCCUGCUGCCUUUGAAUACCGUGGCAGCUUGGCUCAGUCUGUCAGUUUGUUGAAGGAUAUUGACCCUGAAGAUGCUAGUCCUGAACUGGAAGCCCUCAAGGCAUUGACUCCUGUUGUUAAGGACCUCCAGGCCUCUAUUGCCGCCUUGGACAAGGCUAUUCAUGAUAUACACGAGGUUGCUGAGGAUCCCGUUCAGGAGGCCAAGUAUGCUUGCGCUCAUGUCUUACCUGCAAUGAAUAGGGCUCGUGAUGCCGCCGAUAAGCUUGAGGUCUUGACUGCCGACAAGUUCUACCCCAUUCCAAAAUACAGCGAGCUCUUGUGGUUCUAAAGGAGCAAGAGUAUAAUAUGAACGAGGAAUGUACAAUUGAUUUUUUAGCUUUGUAAUAGUAUAUUGAAAAAGAGCAUAUUGAAACUGCGGCUUUUUGUAAAUAAAAAUAAAAUUUCAUAGAAAAA